ACCACCCCCACCCCUACCCCACCCCCACCAUAUACAGGUGUUGUAUGUAUAUGUGUAUGUAUAGAUAUAUAUUCAUUGUUGAGGGUUUGGUAUUUGAUCGAGUUAUUGAACCUCAAUGCUUUGAGAAUUUUGAACAUUUUGAUCAAUGGAGGAAGAAUUUCGGAAGCGGUUUACUGAUUGUGUAUAUUUUUUAGCAUCUCCCCUUACUUGCAAGAAGGGUAUGGAAUGUGAAUAUCGACAUAGUGAGAUAGCAAGGCUCAAUCCCAGGGAUUGCUGGUACUGGCUGGCUGGAAGUUGUCUUAAUCCAACAUGUGCUUUUCGACAUCCGCCAUUAGAGAGCCAUGCUGAGACAUCAUCUGAAUUGGCUCCUCCACCCAACAAAUCUGCAGUGCCUGUUAAUAAGACAAAUACGCCCUGUUACUUCUAUUUCAAUGGCUAUUGCAAUAAAGGUGAAAGAUGCUCGUAUCUGCAUGGACCUGAUGAUGGUACAAUUGCAUGGAAAUCCUCAAAAGUAGCUUCUGAAGUCCCUGAUGAACCAAUAGCUGAGAAGAAGACUACUGCAGGAAGUGAACCUGGUCCUUCAGCAGGCGAAAAACAUCCCGAUUCUUCUGAAAUGGGGCCCAAGGCAGCAGCAGAUGAAUAUAUCAAGUCAAAAGUGGAUCUCCAUUUGAUGACUAAUAAUGUUAGUGAGCAGAGUGCUUCUCAUGAGACUUCAGGAUCUCCUUCUGAAGAAGCUACUGCAGUCGGGUUAGAUUCUUUAGUCCCUGCUGAAGGCUUUACCCAGGGAGGAUCCUAUUUGUCCCCCAACCAGAGCUCAGACGAAGAAGUGGAGGAGAACGUGGAGAGAGAGGAGUGGCUGGAAUCAUCUCCAGGUUUUGAUGUUCUUGUUGAUGAUAGAGUAGAAGGUUUGAGUCAUGAUUAUGAACGUAAUUAUCUGAUGCAUCAUGAUAUGGAAGACAGGGAGCUUGAUGAACGGUUUGCUGGAUAUGAUUUUGAGAAAAACCUCGAGUAUGAUCCUGCAUAUCCAGAUACCGGAAUUGUGUCCGACAAAGAACAAGACGCUUCUUAUUAUAACUUUGAGAAUCAUGAAAUGAAUGAACAUGUCGGAGUCAUCCCUAUCCCUGCUCUUGGAAGACAAAGUGUAUCACGUAAAAGAGAGUUGCCUAGAGAACUGGCUUUUCGUGGCAGAGGCAAUGUUGACCUCCGGGACCUUCUGAAGAAGCGACGAGCCAAUGAAAGUGAUUCUCCAGAUCACUUGUCUAGAAGGCUUGACCUGUCUAGGUCGAAUGUCCAUGAGCAAGUCAGAGACAGGCAUUAUCCACAGCAUUCCCAGUGGAUGCCUCAAAGACGGGCUUCAAAAGUGGAAAGCAACGUUUCUUUCUCCCCCGGCUUUUUGGACCGCACUCGUCUGGAGGGUGCCAAUCGGCUGAAAAGGUUGAGACAGUCUCAAGGAAGCAGUUACAGACAGCAGCAUUUCAAGGACAGGAGACGGGACCAGUCACGGCCUUUUGCAAAUGAAUCCCCUAGGAGGAGGAUGGCUUCUAGGAAGAGAUUGACUGAAGAAUUUCCAAAGAUGUUUGCAAAUGAACCCCCUAAGAGGAGGAUGGCUUCUAGGAAGAGAUUGACUGAAGAAGUUCCAAAGAUGUUUAGUGCACCCAAGACUCUAGCUCAGAUUAGAGAAGAAAAGAGGAGAGGAAAAGAAGAUGGAAAUUCUCUUGAGGGAACAGGUCCAUCUGGAGGAAGUAAAAGAGUAGAUUUUUCAGGUCCAAAACCCCUCAGUGAAAUUCUCAAAGACAAAAGAAGGCUGAGCUCAGUAGUGAGCAAUUAGUAGAAUUUAAAGGUUUUGAUAAAAACUUAGUUUUGGAAAAGCUUUACUGUAGCUUGGUGCAAAGUUUUGUACAAUUUUCUGGAUUAGCAUUUGAAACUUUACAACUUUUUUGAAAUAGCUAAAUCAUGGAUUAGUAGUAGAAGAAGAAAUUGUGGAAUUGAAUAUUACAGGUAUAUUGGAAAAUAGCCUUUUUCCUAUGAAAAGGCAUAUUGCAUAUUCUGAUUAAUCUCUUUCAGUA